AAGUUAAACUGCCUUGACAGAUGGCUAACUAAAAUUAGUUGUCAGUGGUCAUCUAAACCCAUUGAGAGGCCAUUGCUGAAAUAACUAGUACAUGGCUGCAGACUGUAAAGCUAUGGCUUUGAAAACUCACUUUGAGUCACAGUUUCAGAGCUUUCUAGAAAGGUCUGCUGAUCUAAUCUCAGUUUUUCAAAUUAUUGUUAAGGCUUGUCCUCAAAUUGUCAUCAAUAUCUUAUCAGUAUCACUAAGGGUGAAAAGCACUAAAGUUCCACUUGUCAAAAUGAACACGACAUAUGGGUAGAUCAGAAUAAUUACUGUUCAUAACAUAUUUGUUGAUUGAAGUUGUCAUAAUCAUGUCAAUAUCUACAUACUGCUAAUCCCAAUAAAGAAAAUAAGGAUGUUGUAGUUCCUUUCAGUGAAAAGCUCAGCCACCUUAAAUCCCGUAUUAACAGAAUUAACCCAGUCAUCGAUGGUAGGAGUGUUUCCCCCUGCCCUUCUUAUCCCUCACUGUCUAACUAUCCAGACAAGUCCUCAGUUCUUCAGAUAACGUCAGCCCACACCAUACACAGGUGGGAAUAUUUUUUUCUAUCAUUCAAACAAGAGAUAAGGAAACGCAUUUUAGACAAAGGAGAGGAACAGGUACCUUGAGGGGAGAAAGAACUCAAGUGGCAAAUACUUGCCUGUGAGUUUGUCACAUUACUAAGACACUAAAAGCCACUGAAAUGGGAAAUAGCACAAGUAGUGCAAUAUCAAAGGAGAUCCUGGAGGACCUGAAGCUCAACACCAAAUUCACUGAGGUUGAGAUCAGCCAGUGGUAUGAAAACUUUCAGAGGCAGUGUCCAACAGGACGCAUAACGCCAGAAGAGUUUGAGCAGAUUUACACCCGCUUUUUCCCAGAGAGCGAUGCCACAAGCUAUGCACGACAUGUGUUUCGCUCCUUUGACACCAACGAUGACGGCACUUUGGACUUCAAGGAGUACAUCAUUGCACUACACAUGACUUCCACUGGGAAGACGACCAGAAAACUGGAGUGGGCCUUCUCGCUGUUUGAUGUAGACAAAAAUGGUUAUAUCAACAAGACAGAAGUGACAGAGAUCUGCCAGGCCAUAUUUAAGCUGAUCCCCAAGGAGGAGCAGAGCAAGCUACCAGAGGAUGAGAACACACCCGAGAAGAGAGCCAACAAGCUGUGGGCUUACUUUGAAAAGAAAGACAACGAGCGACUGGCUGAAGGAGAGUUCAUCAAAGGAGUGAUUGAAAAUGAAAAUGCAAUGCGUCUUAUCCACUAUGAACCACUGAAACAGUAAAGUUUCCCUAACUGUUCCGGUUAUUUUAUCUUUAGAAUCUUUUCAUGCUUUGAAACUCCCCUCACAGCCUUAGACCCUUCCUCUGAUUUAAUCCACUUCCCCCCUUCAUGUAAAUAUUCUUUUCUGCAUUGUUGCAUCUUGGUUGCUAUUCAUUUUUUCAGUAAAGUCACAUUCCCUGUACGUUUAUCUUAACAUUUGUCAAAUUUAUAACAGCUAGAAAGUUUUUGAAAUUUUGGCAUAGGCUUUGAAAAUAAGUUUGAUAUUUGACCUGAAUUCUAAGGCAACUAAACUAAGUAAUAAGCAUAAUAUAUAUCAAAAGAAUGUCACAGUAGGUAGGUAUAUGAUAAAUGCAUGUGUCUGUUGAUAAAAUUUUAACUUUAUUACUGUAAAAUUUCAUGAAUGAUUACAUCAGUAUUAUACCUGACUGUUAGCUUUUUUACAGACCAGAAGAUGCUGUUGUAGAGGAAGUAAAGUCAUGUACCUGAUGUGCUAUAUACAGUGAAUGAAAGGUUUUCUCUAGAUCUGUGCUUUGCAAAUCAGUUCACAUAUGUAAAAUAAAAUAAUAAACCCUUCUUUGACCCAGAAAACCUUCUCUGUAUUUUAAUGCUCCAACUUGACAAAAAUUGUGCUUUAGGUCUUAAAUUUUCAAUUUAUUCCAGAGAGUAAAUCCAGGAUUAGUGUAUAUUACAGGCCAAAUGUCUGAUGUCUAUAGCCUACAUUCAAGGUGAAUAUCAGCAAAUCUUUUAUACCUUCAAACACAUUGAGAAUAAUGAAACAUUUUCUCUAUUAUUAAAGAGUAACUCAUCAUCCGCUAACUGUCUGGUGUUUUUAUGGGCCAUGUUGCACCAGUAUCCCUGUUUAAGAGUUUUGUUUGUAGUCUGUGGGUGUGCGUGCCUGCAUUUCUUUCUAACUUUCAUCCAGACCCCCAUAACCCUCUGCCCUUACAACUCCCUUCACACGCCUUCCCUCUCUUCUGAAUUCUUCUCUCCAUCCAACUCGGGAUUAUUGGUUUACACAUAAUCUUCUGUUCAACAUCAGAGAGCAGACUUUUCAAAAUCUCUGUAAUCUUUCUAUCUCUAUGUGUCUAUCUUAUGGGUUUGUCUGUGCAUCUGUAGAGAGUCUGUUUGUUGUAGCAUCUCUGAUAGAUUUCAUCAAAUCUGCAUCUGUUUCACAUUGGAAACUUCCACAUCAAGGCUUUUUCUUUUGAUCCCACACUAUAGACUUGAAUAAGUAAUAACAGUGAUAAUAAAGUAAAAUCAAUGUCCUCUGGCCAUUUUUGUCCAAGUGAAGACAGAAAAUGUGAGAAAAAAUUACAAUAUACGGUGUAGUGCAUCUUUUCUUCAAAGAGGAGGGUAAGCAGUUUAGUAUCAACAGGAGAAUAAAUAUCUGUUUAAUAAAUUGACUGUAAGUUCAUCAGAAGAUAUAACAGACAAUACAAAUAUUUCUUUUCAUUUGCAUAAAGUAAUGUCCAUUUUCCUCCCAUGAGGCACUGAGAAAUACCCAGAAAAUACGCAUAUCACGUAUGUCAUGUGAACUACAUACAUUGUUGUCUUUACAUGUUGAUAUGUAUUGAUUUCAGUGGCCUUUGAGUCUGGCUGGUAAAUUCCAAGUUGAAUAAAAGUCUAAGCAAAGGAAGAGAAAAACAA